AUGGGGUGCCGGGGCCCGUGGCCGCUCUGGAGCUGGGUGCUGUGGGGGUUCUGGGUGCUGCCAGGUAAGUGCCAGGGUCUCUCGCACUGCUGCCGGGCUGACCAGGCGGCUGAUACCGUGUGGGUGAUGGGCUGCGAGCGACCCUCCGGCGGCUACAAGGCUUCCCGAGUGCCCGGCCGGGGUUUGUCCUCUCCCUGUCCGCGGGUGCCAGAGCUUUGUCACGGUCCCCAGCUGCAGCAGGGGAAGGUGGCGGGAAUUGUGGAUCAAAUGGAGAGAUUGACCCUGGGGGAAGGUCCCUGUCCUGUUCUUGGUGUUGGUCCUCCCGCAGAAGGGAGGAGGGCGGGGGGUGAUGGUGACUCCGGGCUGGCUUUUUCCUCAUCCUGCCCUCACCUGCCUUCUGCACAAGCCGGAGAGAUGAAGGGGCAACCCCUUGUCCCCACGCUGGACCCAUCCGAGUCGGGCAGCAUCUCCCAUGUGGCCGACAGCACCAGCGCCGAGGUGCCUUCAGAGCUGGCCGUGUGCCCGGAGCUCCCCAGCGCCGCACGGUCGGAGCUCCCCACUCCCCCCGGCCCGCCCGCCGCCCCCGCGGGCAGCCCGAGCUCAGGCAUCCUGGUGCCGCAGGAAACAGAGAGAGGGCUGGUCCCAGCUGGAAGUAGUGGUGAGGAGGGGCCUCCCAGCCCUGCAGCUCUCCCUGGGGGUCCAGCAAUGCAAGACAGCCCCCAGGCAGGGUCAGGGGCUGGGCUCGCCUCUGCAGGUGCUGCCGGCCACCCAACCAGCGUCCCUCCAGCUCCCACCACCACUUGGCACAUGCAGCCUCUGUCCUUCAAGCCAAAGGGGCACACAGUGGGUCUUGCCCUGGGUGCUGUCACCGUGGAGCAGAUGCCAGUGACAGCAUGGACCGCAGAGCCAUUGCUCCCCCAGGAUGAGCACAGCACAUCGACAUCAUCCCCCAGCAUAAGCAGGAGCUCUGCUGAGCCAUGUAGUACUGCCAUGCUCCUGUCCCAGGAGGUCAUGCUGGGGCUGGAUGAGGCCACCUCACCUUUGGCCACAGCUGCCAGCAUCUCUCAGGACAGGGGCAGCGUCAUGGAGAUGACACCAGCCUCAGCCAGUCCCCCUGACACAGCUGCAGAAGGAGCCUUGUCUUCUACCACCACUGGCACCAGCAAGGCUGCAGAGCCAGGGACAAGUACCUUACCCAACGCUGACCACAGUGCCUCACAGGACCCUCCUGGGCCUCCCAGUGACCCCCAGGCCAAUGGCAGCACCACAGGGCGAGCAAUGGGGUUCUUGGAGGUGAGCACGGAGGAGAACGCAGGUGCCAGUGCAGCAGAGCCAGCUCCCAGCCACACGAUUGUCACUGCCAGGCCAUCACUAGAGCCGCCUGCCACUGAGAACAAGCCCACCACUGGAAUCACCUCGCUGGCUGCUGGCCACACAAAUGUGUGGGAGGUUACAGCUGCAUCCCGAACAGGUGCCACAGGCACCACUGCCCAUGUGGACACCACCAGCUCUGAGAGCAGCACUGAGGGUGCAGCCAACACCAGCAGUACCCGUGUCCCUGACUCCAACACCAGUGGCACAAGCAUGGCCACCAUGCCGGCCACUACACCAUCCACCAGCACAUUCCCCAGCAACGCUAACCUGCCAACCACCUCCACAGGCUGGGAGACCUUUGUGACCAGUGUCACCACAGCCAUGCCACCUGCCACAGCACGGGCCACCAGCAGUGCCCCAUCCCUUGCUGUAACACACAGCGAGACAGGCGGAGGCGGGCAGUCUGUCCCACCCCCAGCAGCACGGACUCCCGUGGUGGAGACAACUCUGGGACCCUGGGGCGUCCUUGGUCCCAGCACUGCUGUUGCAGUGUCUGGUUCUCCCCUCCCCAGCCUGCGCAGCCCAACAGAGGAGGCAGCAACAGCCCCCUUGUCCCUGCUUGGUGUUGGUGCAACUGGGGUGGCAGCAGCUGGACAGACUCACACCGAGUCAGCUACAGACACCACUUCUCCUGCAUCCAUCAGCUACCAUGACAUGGGACAAGCAGCGAGCACGUCACCUCCUGCCUUCCAGACAUCUCCAGGGGCACCUGCCUGGAAGGAGAAAACAGCCAUCAGCAGAGACAGCACCACAGCCACUGCUGCAGGGAACACCAUGGCCAGCACCACAGGUAGCACCACGGUCACCACGGCCACCACUGCAGGCAGCACCACUGCCACCACUGCAGGGAAUAGCACUGCCACCACUACAGACAGCACCACUGCCACCACUGCCACCACUAUAGACAGCACCGCUGCCACUGCUGCAGGGAACACCAUGGCCAGCACCACAGGCAGCACCACGGUCACCACGGCCACCACUGCAGGCAGCACCACUGCCACCACUGCAGGGAACAGCACUGCCACCACUACAGACAGCACCACUGCCACCACUGCCACCACUACAGACAGCACCACUGCCACCACUACUGGGAGCAUCACUGCCACCACUGCAGGAAACAGCACUGCCACCACUGCAGGAGGCACCACAGCUAUUGCAUCCCCAGCCCCCGUGAGCCCAGCCAAGGAGGAGGGAAAGCCAGCGACUUCACUCUACCCCUUUGGCGUGGAAGGAGGGGAUCAAGAAUACGUCCGGAGGAUGGUGGAUUUUAACUCACCCCUCUUCAAGCCAGAAAUUGGAUUUCCCUUUGGGAAGUCACUGCGAGAUGCUCUCUAUUUUACAGAUAACGGACAGAUCAUUUUUCCACCCACGGACAACUAUGUCCCGUCCAACCCCAACCCCCCUCCCCGGGGCUUCACUGGCCGGGAGAGCUUGCCAAUGGUGGCUGCCUUUUGGGGUGAUGCAGACUUUUCCAAGGGUGUUGGCACCACUUGGUACCAGGAGUACUCUACACUUAGCUCUACCCAAGACCCCGUUGUCCAAGAUGUGGAAGCAAAGAUUGAGAAAUACCUAAAAAUCCGCUAUGCAGCAAAAUGGACCUUGAAGGUGACGUGGGAGAAAGCUCCAGCAUACCCAUCCCGGAGGGAUGACACUCAGACCAGCACCUACCAGGCAGUGCUCAGCACCGACGGGAGCCGCUCCUUCGCCCUGCUGCUCUACCAGGACGGUGGGAUGCGCUGGGACUACACCAGGCUGGCUGCAGCCAACGUGCUGAUCGGCUUCUCCAGCGGCAAUGGCUAUGCCCAAAACAACGAGCUGACUCAGAAGCCACCAGCUGUCAAGUACCGACCAGACCAGCACAGCAGCAGAGGCUCCGAUGUGCGUGGGCUGUGGAUUUACAGACUGGACAGUCGCUCCCGGGUGAAUUACAGGCUGCAGUGCCUGGCGUGGCUGGACACAGAGCCAGCGCCAGCCACCUGGAACAGCCAGCUGCCACCAUGCCCCUGCUCCCGGCCCCAGGCAGAGCUGGAUCCCCGCUACCACUGGAGCAGAGGCCCAGCAGACACCUCGGUGAGGAUGCUGCGCACUGCGUCCCCCAGCCCAGCCGGAGCUGGGGUACGAUGUCUGUACCAAGGUGGGAGCUUGCUGGAAGGCUGGCAGGAGAGAGCGUGGAGCCUCCCCUUCCACGCUGCCACUGACACGGAGCUGGAAGCGUUUGACUGGUGCUGCCGGCGUGUGGGGAAGCCCCGGUUCUGUGCCAGGUUUGCUGAGAAGAGACCGAGGGUUGACUGUGAAGGAUACGUGCCACCCACCCCUGCUGGUGCCUUUGGCGACCCUCACAUCACCACCCUGGAUGGACUCACCUACACCUUCAAUGGGCUUGGGGACUUUGUCCUGCUGCUGGCCAGUGAUGCCCAGACCAGCUUCGUUUUGCACGGGCGCACAGCACAGACUGGCAUGGCCCAGGCCACCAACUUUGUGGCCUUUGCUGCCCAGUACAUCUCCAACACCACCACAACAGUUGAGUGGAUCUUGGGGAGCCAGGAUGACAUCCAAGUCCUCCUGAACAACGCAACCAUCCAGUUUUCCUAUUCCCAAGAGCUGGGUGACGAGGUCUACUACAGCCCUGGUGUCCUGCUAGUCAACGCCUCCUCUGUCACGGCCGUCUUCCAUGGGACCAUCGCUGUCUCUGUCUCAGCCACCUCCGGGAUCCUCAGUGUGGUCUGCAGCCUGCCCGACUGGUACCGCAACAGCACCAGGGGCCUCCUGGGUGUGUGGGACCAUGACCCUGCAGAUGACUUCCAGAUGCCAAAUGGUACCAGCAUCCCUGUGAACAGCAGUGAGGAGGAGAUCUACAGCUAUGGGAUGACCUGGGCUGUUGGGGAGCACAGCCUGUUCACUCAGCCUCUGGACUCACCAGCACUGAGCUUCACACCCUUCUUCUUGUCUCGGCUGCGGCAGGAGAAUGAAAGCCAGUACCAGCUGGUGGCCUCUCAGUGUCAUGGCAGCAAGGAGUGCAUCUAUGAUUCACUGAGCACAGGGAACUUGGCCCUGGGCCUGGCCACCCAGAGCUUUGCAGCUGACUUCCAGCAGAGGAAGACAGCACUCAAUGCCUUCCCUCCUGUCAUCACCGGUGACACAUCAAUCACAGCCUUCAGGACAGAGAAGGUCACAAGGCAGUACCGUGCCUUGGGGGCAGGUGCACGCUUCAUGCCCCAUCUCUCACGGGAGCUCAACAUAUCGGAGAAUGGGACCCUCAUAUGGGAGCCCCGUGGGAUAGCCCCAUUCACCAUCAGCCUGGAGGCUGUUGGCUCCAACAACAUCUCUGCACUUCUCCAGCUCCGCUUCACCCUUUGCAGAUGCAGCAGGAGCCAGGACUGUGACUACAGCAACACUGUCACUCUCAGGGAGUCUUCCCUGCAGCUGGCAGCCUGCAGAUGCGAGAGCGGCUACUCAGGUGCCUUCUGCCAGGACCCUCCGGACCCCUGCUCCCAGGGAUGCUUCCCUGGUGUGGGAUGUGACCCUUUCAGUGGCUGUGGCCCCUGCCCAGCUGGCCUGACGGGGGAUGGAGAGCAUUGCUCAGAUAUCGAUGAGUGCACGCAGGGGACGGAGUGCCCGGGGAACAGCACCUGCACCAACACUGUGGGCAGCUACCUCUGCUCCUGCCUGGCCAGCGAGCAGGGUGAGAGGCCAGACUGUGGCUCAGCCUGUGGCUACCACUCCUGCCCUGAGGGUUACUGCAGCAACGGGGGACGCUGCCACCUUCACCCCAUCACUUGUGCCCCCACCUGCACCUGCCCCCCGGCUUUCACCGACCAGCGCUGCCUGGUGGCAGGGGGGGAUUUUCAGCCACUGCCCAGCUCAGGUCUCCCUCGGAGAAGCAUCCAGAUGAGGAUCAAGACACUGCAAAACGCCACUGCUGAGGAAGUCAACAGCACUGUCUCAGCCAUCCUGAACUCCCUGGAGGUAAAGGCUUUCCAGAGCAACACCAACAUCACCCAGAUGACAGACAGCGAUGGCUUCACCUUCGUGGUGGUGUCCGAAUUUGCCUAUGACAGCCGCGGGACCGUCAUCCGCUUCCUGAACGAGGAGCUGCCCGCGGCCAUCACCGGCGCCUUCAACGGGCGGCGGGGGCAGCGGGAGGCGGGCACGGGGCUGCUCUUCCAGCGCCUGCACCAGGACAACAUCACCGACCUGGUGAAGCUGACAGUGGAUGAGCUGAGGAACUAUUUCCCCUGCUCGCUGUAUGGCUACAAAGGCUACCAGCUCCACUACAUGGGGACAAUCGGCUUCGUCUGCAUCUCCCCCUGCAAGAUGGGCUACUGCCAGCACGGUGGCCAGUGCCAGCACCUGCCCGAGGGGCCCACGUGCAGCUGCCUGCCCUUCUCCAUCUACUCUCCAGCUGGCCUCCAGUGUGAGUGGCUGGCCAUCAGCCUGGCUGCCUUCCUCGGCAUCCUGCUGGGAGCCCUGGCUCUGCUCUGCCUCCUGUUUGCCCUCGGCUGCCUGGCCCUGCGCCUCUGCCGCCAGCACCGCCGCCGGCACCAGGGGGCCAAGGAGACCUUGUGGAGGACACGGCCCUUCUCCUCUUUAAUGAUGGCAGGAGAACAAGCAGAGCCCACGGGCUCCCACUCCCUGGAAAGGCAUUGGAAACUGCAGCUCCAGGCCAUUGACCCCUCACUCCAGGUCUGUCCUUGGGUUACUGCUUCCAUGGAGUGUUGGGAGCUUUGUCUGGGCUCUGAAUCCUGGCCCUGUGCCACAAAGGAGCUCAGGAGCUGUGCCUCAUCCUGAAGCAUGACCGAUGCUUUGGCCGGCACUGGGAUCUGUGCCACCGUGACAAAGCACAGAGCCAACGCCACACUGCCAGCAUGGCCUGUUCCUCCUUUACAGAUAAGAAUCCAGAGACCCCAUGUUAUGCCUCCAAGCCAGUCCCCCCAGCAGCCCUAACCUGCCACCAGUCCUUUUGUGGCACCUCCAGGCCCACAGAGGAGCCAGACACUGCUGCCAGCUCUGCCGCUUGCUCUCCAGGUGUCCAGCAGCAGCAACACAUGGAAGCAGGGACAGGCAGCUGCCUUCUGGGUUCUGGGAGGAUUCAUUCUGGAGGAGCUGCUUUUUUGAAUGUGUGUUUAUGUUGGGUGACCAUAGCAGGAGGAUUUCACCUUCUCUGAGGACCUGCAGAGAUGCCUGGGAUCAUCCUUGAAUGUGUCUGCACCAGGGGUAUGUGCUAGUGCAGUAACCAGACCCUGCAGAUCCCCUGGGAGCAGGGUCAGGUGGGGCAAUGCAGUGAUUGUAAUCCCUUAGGAAUCAA